AUGUACGUAUGUUAUUACAACCCGAAACUCCACAUGUGCUUGGACGUUCCCUCGUAUUACAUGUACAAGCUCGACCUCGCGGCCAACGUCGCCUUCACCGGCAUCUUCGGCCUCUACUUCGUCGCCUACACGGCGAUAUGGGCCGCCACCCGGCGCGGCCACAUCUUCAACAUCGCCUUCCUGUGCGGCCUCACGGCCGAGAUCCUGGGCUACGCGGCGCGCAUCGUCAGCUUCAGUAACCAGUGGCGCACCUGGCCGUUCAUGACGCAGAUCUGCGCCCUGACCGUCGGCCCGGCGUUCCUCGCCGCCGGCAUCUACGUCUGCCUCCGCCGCAUCGUCCGCGUCUUCGGCGUCUCCCACUCCCGCAUCCGCCCCCAGCUCUACACCCGCAUCUUCAUCCCCUGCGACAUGGUCGCCCUUGUCCUCCAGGCCGUCGGCGGCGGCUUCGCCGCCUACGCCACCUACCACGCAGCGUCCACCCAGAAGGGCGACAACAUCAUGAUGGCCGGCCUCAUCUCCCAGGUCAUCACCAUGGCCAUCUUCAUGCUCGUCUCGACCGACUUUGCCAUCCGCGCCUGGCGCAGCAACAGCAGCGGUGACAGCUCGCCCCUGGCCUCCUCACCAGAGGAAGACGCCGAGGCCGCGAAGCUGGGCCACCUGCGUUCGUCGUGGAAGUUCCGCGGUUUCCUGGUCGCCCUGGCGCUGGCGACAAUUUGCAUCUUCUGGCGCUGCGUGUUCCGCGUCGCCGAGCUGAGCGGCGGCUGGACCGGCCCCUUGAUGCACCGCCAGGACCUCUUCAUCGGGUUUGAGAGCGUCAUGAUCGUCGUCGCCGUCGGCGGGCUCAUCAUCUUCCACCCCGGGUUCUGUGACAGCGAGCUGCUGGACGACAAGCCUGCGCCGCCCAAGACUGAGCCCGUCCUCGGGGGAGGGUACUCUAGCGAUGGGCACAGCAGGCACGAGGUCGUGCAGGUCAAAGCCUGA